UAUUCAGUAAAAGUUAAGUUUGCAUAAAUGCGAGGGGCGAGGGACGUCAACCGUGAGAUUGCAGGAGAAUGAGCGUUGGCGAUAAGCGCGAUUGGCAACCCUGCGUGAAGUGUGUAUUUCAACAAUAGUAAGCGAUAUCCCGGAAGUUUACGGCAAAAGUAGGCAAAAGUUUAACCGGCGAGCGAGUAUCCGAGUACGAAUAUUGACAAAUACUGACAAGUAUUCGCAGGAGGCACUUAGCAAGCACCGAAACUGCGAAUCUCAUGUGAUCAGCAGCGUCAUGAGCUUAAUCUCGGAUCCGUUUCUGUUCGUAAUCACACUGUUUGUCACGGGCUGUGUGCUGUUUCUUCUGGUGUAUUAUAUUAUAACGCUGUCUGAUCUCGAGUGUGAUUAUCUGAAUGCGCAAGAAUGUUGUUCCAAGUUAAAUAUGGGAGUUUUGCCAAAGUUGAUAGGACAUACGUUUGUGGUAUUUCUUUUAUUGAUACACGGACAGUUUAUAUUAACGCUAGCGAACAUACCGAUGACAAUUUGGUUGUUUUACGAGUACUUUAGCGUUCCUAGUGGUAAUAUGGGAGUUUACGAUCCCACAGAGAUUCACAAUCGCAGCAAGCUGAAGAGAUACACACGUGAUUGCAUGAUUCAUCUCGGAUAUUGCAUUGUAUUCUUUUUCAUUUAUCUUUAUUGCAUGAUUGUGGCGUUGCUCAAGGGAGAUCCAAUCAAUAGAAGCGACGAUAUAAUAGAUUUGUAAACAUACAGAAAUUAAGGCAAAAAAACCCCUUUUUUUAUAUAUAUAUAUCAUGUUUAUGUUAUCUUAUAUUCUAAUGAUAUAAGAAUUUUUUACUUCCACUAUAUUUACACGGCACAUCACACAUCACGUUCUUUAAACAAUAAGU